CCUGUGAAGCAGUCCCUGAGCGCCUGCAUGUGCAGGGAAUCCCACUGGAAAUGCCUCCUGCUCUCCAUCCUCAUGUACGGUUGUCUGGGAGCGGUAGCCUGGUGUCAGCUGGCUCGGGUCACCAAGCUCAGCUUUGAUAGCUCCUUCAAGGGCAAGUCUAUGAUCUACCAUGACAGCCCAUGCUCAGAUGGCUACGUCUACAUCCCUUUGGCCUUCCUCUCCAUGCUGUACGUGGUGUACCUGGUGGAGUGCUGGCACUGCCAUGUCAAGAGGGAGCUGCAGUACAAGGCUGACGUGGACAGUGUCUAUGAAUGCAUCAACCGCAUGCAGCAAGCCACCCCCUGCAUCUGGUGGAAGGCCAUCAGCUACCAUUUCGUUCGGCGUACCCGGCAGGUGACUCGCUACCGCAACGGUGAUGCCUACACCACCACGCAAGUCUAUCAUGAAAGGGUCAACACCCACGUGGCCGAAGCUGAAUUUGACUACUCUCACUGUGGAUACAAGGACAUCUCCAAAGAGCUCCUGGGCCUGGAGAGCUACACGGCCACAAAGCUGAGGUUCACAAAAUGCUUCAGCUUUGCCAACAUUGAGUCUGAGAACUCUUAUUUGACCCAGAGGGCUCACUUUUUCACAGAGAUUGAGGGGCUGGAUGACUACAUGGAAGUGAGGGAAGGCAUGCAGCUCAAAAAUGUGGACUUCAAGGAACUUAUGAUGGCCUAUGGGGACCCAGAUCACCUCCCGUGGUACGUGUCUCACUACGCGUUCUGGGUCGCAGCUCUCCUGAUGAUCUCCUGGCCACUUAGGGUACUCAUAGAGUAUCGGACUGCUUAUGUUCACUACCACGUGGAGAAACUGCUGGGCCUGGAGUACACGGCACCGGCUGCGACGGAGGAGCCCUUGUACAGGUACCGCAUGCCCAGGGACAGCACUCAGGACAGCACGGAGCUGGAGUGGCACAUCUGCACCAACCGGCAGCUCAUCCCCAGCUACUCGGAGGCCAUGCUCAUGGACCUGGCGGACUCGCCAGCGUACAACAGCUACGCGGUGUGUGAGUACAGCGAGGCGGCCCACGGCUGCGAGCGCUGCAACCGCGCCUCCAGCUCCUCCUCCAUCUUCUCCCGGCACGCUUUCCACAGCUGCAGCGGCAACUCGCGCCUCUCCCUCAACACGAGCCGCUUCUCCCUCUGCCGCAUCCACGGCUCCCACAGGACAGGCCUCUGGAGGAGCCGCAGCAGCAGCAUCGCGGAGCGGGGCUGCCACGACGAGCAGUGUUGCUCCUACUCCAGCCAGCUGGCUGUCAAUGAAAACCCCCCCACCUACCAUGACGCCCGCUUCUUCCCUGUGCUCAUCGUGCACAGGCCCGAGGCGCACGACAGGAGGCAUUUCUACAUCAGACGCUCUUCCUGCCUGGAAACCUCACUGUGAUGUGGCCUCUGCGGCCUCCUGGCUCCCCUGUCCUGGGACAGAUCUACCACGUUUGCAGAGAUGCCACUGGCAAGGAGGCAGAAGCUUCGGACCCCUCAGUGGGAUCCCCAGGACAAGUUCCUGAUCUCAAUUCUUCUCCCUGCCGUUGCUAGAGGAUACAUUCACUCCAGCAAAUAGCUAACUUCAUUUCCAAAAGCUUCUCUGCCUCCUUCAGGUGAUCUCUGAUUCAUUCUCUUCUCUCUUCCUUUCAUUAUUUUGCUCCUCACUCUCUCUCUCGUUCCUGGCUCUCUGCCCAUCCUGCUCUCAACGUUUUUCUUAUUGUUUACUCUGAGUAUCUUACAGAUAUUUCCACUGGAGAAAUUUAAAGCCUUUGCUUUGCAGUGUAUUUGCUCUCUUGGAUGUCCUGCAAGGUAAGAAAGUUAAAUACAGCAAGGGCAAGUGAAACGCUAACAGACACACAGCCAGUUACUGUUGAGUCAGAAGGAUAAUUCAUUUCUGCAGGAUCUGAGUCACCU